AUGCGUUUUGGUGGACUUGGUUCCAGCAGCGAGCGGAACCAAGAGAAAUCAGGAGAGGAACCCAUUAGAGAGGAAGAUGGCCAAGUGAGUAUUGCUAUCGCCGAGAAGAUGUUGAAAUGGCAUGCGGAGGCCAUUGGGAGGUGUGUUGAAUUAAGUCCCGCUACAGACGUGCCCAAACAGACCUUUGCGUUGCUGAGAGUACUAUCGACGGCCAUCGGCAGCGCUUACAUUGAGACCGUUCUGGAGACUGCUAUAUCCCGCUUGGAUGCUGCAGAUACCAAGUCCGAACCAUCUUUACAGGUCCUAGUCAUGCUACAUGAGGUUGACCUCAUAUGUCAUUUGUGGCAGCAUUACGUCAAUCUGGCUCUCCUCCCUCUCGCAAGCAACUCCGUCUCCGUACGUCGAGAUAUGGUCGUUUUCAACAACCAGUCCGUGAGUAGGAUUGAGGGCGCGGCUAAUCACUUGAUGCAACGUCUCGCUGAUGCCAUCAUCAGCUAUCUUGCGCUGCAACUCACAAAACAAAAACGCAAUGAUUUCAAGCCUCGAAACGACGAUCUGUCGUUCGCACGAGUCAACACUGAGCCUUGUGUAGCCUGUUGCGAAAUACUGGAAAGAGUUCGAGAUGCCUCUAAAGCGAAUUUGAGCGGGAAGAAUCUGGAGAUUUUCCUGACCGAGAUUGGUGUGGCGUUCCAUAGCUUAUUGCUCGAACAUCUCAGGAAGUUCCCGGUCAGCGCAACUGGAGGGCUGAUGCUCGCGAAGGAUCUGAAGUCCUACCAAGACACUAUAAGCUCGUUCUCCAUCCCUUCCCUUCACGAACGCUUCGAAUUCAUCCGGCAGCUCGGAAACGUUUUCCUCGUCCGGCCAGAUAUCCUCAGAUCCUACAUAACGGAAGGCUACCUCGGCCGCAUCGAGCCCAGUCUGCUCAGGCCAUACCUUGCGCAGCGGAGCGACUGGGGCCAGGCAGAGAAGGGCUUCAACGAUACUGCAGAUGACGGCGCCACCGCGGAGGGAAGGGGCCUGAAGGAUCGACUUGGAAUGGGACGUCUGAGCAUGAUCAUGAAGGACCUAGAGCCUUUGAGGGAUAUGAGCCUGCGCGACAUGAGCUUGCCUACUCUACCCAGCUCCAUCACAACUAGUUUCCCCAUGUCAUCGAGAUUUACAGGCCAAUCUAACUGA